AUGAAGAAAUUAAUUUCAUUGUUCGUCUUUCUGGUUUAUUGUUAUGAAUCAACGGCGCAAGAAAAAUCUACACCGCAGCCUUUGACUGAUAUUCAAGAUUUAAAGAAUCGCCUCGAAACAAAGGCGGAUGUUGUUGGAAGAUUUUACAAACUUUUAACGCUCGUUAGUUCAUUUGAAGAAGCAGCUGAAAAACAGCAAGACUAUCCUACUAAAACUUUCCCAUUUAUUUCAAAAUCUUUUCGACGUUUGAAUAUCUUCGGAUUGCAAGCACCACCUGAUGAUCCACCGAGAAAUGCCGAUGGAACGCCAUGCUCAUGCAACACCAAAGAAUUACAACCAGACAUUUUACAUGUGACAGAUGAUUCUGGUUCAAAAUCAAACUUUUAUGUGGUUCAGCCAGUAAUUCAACGAGACAAUGAUCAAAAAUCUACAAACACAACAAUCGUCAAUCAUUACCCGAAAUUAAAUUUUGGCAAUUCACCUAAAACUGAACAAGUCACCACGUCCACGAGACAUCCUUCCACGAUACAAACAACAACUGACAGAUAUUAUCAUUUCUCUUAUUUUCAAUAG